CCGCGGGCCGCGCCGUGGUCGCCGCGUGUGGAGGACGGGGCCGCGUCGGGGAGCGGCCGGCCGGCGGACCGAGCAGCUUUGCCUCCUGUCUGUUACAGCCCUAGCAGUCCUGGGCAGACCCAACAGGACUCACACCACUUUUAUCCAGACUUCCACCUCUAUUUUGGGAGACGUAAAGCAUCUUCUUUGACAGUAGAGGCAAAGACUAGCAUCAGGGAGAAAGUUGUUGAAGAUCCUCUUUGAAACUUCCUGAGGAUCUCAGAGGUGGAAAUGAGAGGUUCGGAGGAUGUGGCUGCUGGAACGGUGUUACAGCGGCUGAUCCAGGAACAACUGCGCUAUGGCACCCCUACCGAGAACAUGAAUUUGCUGGCCAUUCAGCACCAAGCCACAGGGAGUGCAGGACCUCCUCACGCAGCAAGCAGCUUUUCUUCCACGGAAACCCUCAUUCAAGAAGAGCCACAAAUGGUCUACCCGUCAGCGCGCCAGGAGCCUCAGGGUCAAGAACGCCAGGUGGACAGUGCGGCGAUGGAGAGGCAGGUCCGGCCCACACAGCCUCAGCAGAACAAUGAGGAGCUGCCCACGUACGAGGAGGCCAAAGCCCAGUCCCAGUUUUUCAGAGGGCAGCAGCAGACACAGCAGCAGCAGACUCAGCAGCAGCAGCAGCAGCAGACGCCCGUGGGCCACGGCUACUACAUGGCGGGGGGCACCAGCCAGAAGUCGCGCACGGAGGGAAGGCCCACAGUGAACCGCGCCCACGGCGGACACGCACAUAAGGAUGACGCCUUGAAGGAGCUGAAGCAGGGCCACGUCCGCUCGCUCAGCGAGAGGAUCAUGCAGCUCUCACUGGAGAGGAAUGGUGCCAAGCAGCACCUCCCUGGCUCGGGGAGCGGAAAGGGGUUCAAAGCCGGAGGGGGACCGAACCCAGCCCCGCCUGCUAGUAAAGCCCUGGACCCGCGCGGCCCUCCACCUGAUUACCCCUUCAAGACCAAGCAGAUGGUGUCUCCCGUCAGCAAGAACCAGGAUCACGGACUUUUCUACAACGACCAGCACCCUGGGGUGCUCCACGAGAUGGUGACACCGUACCCUGCCCCUCAGCCUGUGAGAACAGAAGUGGCUGUCCUGAGGUACCAGCCGCCUCCGGAGUACGGUGUCACCAGCCGCCCGUGCCAGCUUCCCUUCCCUUCAACAGUGCAGCAGCACAGCCCCAUGUCCUCCCAGACCUCCGUCAGCGGGCCACUGCACUCUGUCUCCUUGCCGCUUCCGCUGCCAAUGGCCCUGGCUGCUCCCCAGGCCCCACCGGCCUCUCCCAGCCAGCAGCUUGGUCCUGAUGCAUUUGCAAUUGUGGAGCGAGCCCAGCAGAUGGUGGAGAUCCUAACCGAGGAGAAUCGCGUGCUUCACCAGGAGCUUCAGGGUUACUAUGACAAUGCCGACACGCUGCACAAGUUUGAAAAAGAACUUCAGAGAAUUUCCGAAGCCUAUGAGAGUCUGGUCAAGUCCACCACCAAGCGAGAGUCGCUGGACAAGGCAAUGAGAAACAAGCUGGAAGGGGAAAUCAGAAGACUGCACGACUUCAACAGAGACCUUAGAGAUCGACUGGAGACGGCCAACAGGCAGCUGUCUAGCAGGGAAUACGAGGAGCAUGAAGACAUGGUUGCAGAGGGGCAUUUUGCUUCUCAGAACAAAGAGUUCCUGAAGGAAAAGGAGAGGUUAGAAAUGGAGCUGGCGGUGGUACGGACUGCAAGCGAGGACCAUCGGAGACACAUUGAGAUCCUGGACCAGGCCUUGAGCAAUGCCCAGGCCAGAGUCAUCAAGCUGGAAGAGGAGCUUCGAGAGAAGCAAGCAUACGUGGAGAAAGUUGAGAAGCUGCAGCAGGCUCUGACCCAGCUGCAGUCGGCAUGUGAGAAGCGAGAGCAGAUGGAGCGCAGGCUGCGGACCUGGCUGGAGAGGGAGCUGGAUGCCCUGAGAACCCAGCAGAAACAUGGAACUAGCCAGCCCGCCAGCGUUCCAGAAUACAGUGCCCCUGCCCUCAUGGAACUUGUGCGGGAGAAGGAGGAGCGGAUCUUGGCUCUGGAAGCUGACAUGACCAGGUGGGAGCAGAAGUACCUGGAGGAGAGCACCAUUCGCCACUUCGCCAUGAGUGCAGCGGCGUCCGCUGCAGCCGAGCGGGACACCACGAUCGUCAACCACUCACGGAACGGCAGCUACGGCGAGAGCUCUCUGGAGGCCCACCUCUGGCAGGAGGAGGAGGAGGCGGCUCAGGCCAGCAGGAGAUGUCAGGACAUGGAAUUCACUAUUAAAAAUCUCCAUGCCAAAAUCAUAGAGAAGGAUGCCAUGAUAAAGGUUCUCCAGCAGCGAUCCCGAAAAGAUGCUGGGAAGAUGGACCCUUCCAGCCUGCGGCCUGCCCGUUCUGUGCCGUCCAUCGCAGCCGCCACCGGGACCCACUCGCGCCAGACCUCCCUCACCAGUGGCCAGCUGAUCGAGGAGAAGAAGGAGGAGAAGACCUGGAAGGGGAGCGUAGGGUUGCUGCUUGGGAAGGAGCACCAGGAGCACGCCCCUGCCGCCCUGCGGCCCACCUCUCCAGCCCCCGCCUCGGCCGGCAGCAGCGCCCACGCCAAGACAGGCAGCAAGGACAGCAGCACCCAGACCGACAGGGGUGCCCAACCACUGUGGCCCAGCAUGUCCUCCCUCCCCGGCCGCGGCAGACUGAGCACAACCCCUUCCCACAGCCCUCUCCUGAAACACCUAGCCGCCAAGGGGACUGCAGAAAAGCCAGAGAACUCUUCUGGUCAUGGAAGAGGCCGGAUCAGCAGUUUGCUGCAUAAGAUGGAGUUUCCCGAUGGAGAGAUGAUGGAAGUUCUCAUCUAACGGCCACCCAUUUUGUACCUGAAAUCUGACAAACAAGAAAAGUAGCAGAGAGAGAAAAGAACGAUCAAGAUGGUUGCAGAUAGGAAACCAGGAAAGGCAUUGUCAAAGAUUCCCGACUAUAAGAAUACUCUUUAUAAUGUUACAGAGAACAGGAAGCCUGCAUGACUGCAGAGAGAGAGAAGGCUGUGGAUUCUGUUACAUACAGUGGAAGAGGAGAUGUAUGUGGGUUUGGAAACAAAGUUCAGAAGAAAUAGGAAAUGGAGUUUAACGUUGUAGGUGGGAUGCUCUGGCUUUAAGCAGAUAAACCCGAACCUGGAUGUUCCUUGGAAUACCA